AUGUCCGCCAGAGCGUUGACCCUGUCCGUUCCAGAUCGCCAGAGGCUGAUCGAAGGAGCAUUUGAGGCCAAGAAGGGUACAUAUAGCCCGUACUCGAAGUUCCCUGUCGGCGCUGCGCUGCUAUCGGUGGAUGGUCAGAUAAUAAAGGGUGCAAACAUUGAGAAUGCUUCAUAUGGUGGCACGAUAUGUGCUGAGCGUACGGCGCUCGUCAAGGCAGUGAGCGAAGGGAUCCGUUCUUUCAUCGGUCUCGCGGUGGUCACGGAUGUCAAGGCACCCAUUUCGCCAUGUGGGAUGUGUCGUCAAGUCAUACGCGAGUUUUGUGUGCUGAAUAUGCCCAUCUUGCUCGUUCCGGCGGACUAUCCACAGGCAGAGUCUGCCGAAGGUACAACAGAAGGUGGCGUUAAGGAAACCACCCUGGGUGAAUUACUACCCGAUAGCUUCGGGCCAGAACACCUCGAAUUAUCUAGGAAACGCAUCAUUAUAGUCCUCUACUUACCCCGCUCGACGAUGGCCACCAAAGCGGACGCUCUUAACCCCCGAACGAAGGAAUACCAAUUCUUCGGUCCACCUGGCGCGUUGCUCGUCACGAUCUCCUCGCCGCUCAUCGCCUAUGCGCUAUAUUUUGGGUGCUCUGAAGAGAGUGGUGGAUGUCCCCCGGGGAAUUUCGCUGCCUGGAUCCCCUCAGUGACAUCGAGUACUACCAGGCUCGAUUGGUGGAUGAGUCUGUGGGAUUCCGAGGCGACUGUCAUUUAUCUUGCUUGGUAUCUGUUCUGCGUCGUGGCGUGGGCGAUCCUCCCUGGCAACGACUUCCAAGGCGUGCUCAUGCGCAAUGGGCAAAAGAAGACCUACAAAGUCAACGGCUUUGUGACUUUCAUUUGCGCAAUAGGCAUUGCUGUUGCGAUGAUUGUAUAUCAGGGUGUAGAAUCCUUCACGUUCCUCUACCGGAAAUGGGUCGGUUUCGUCACAGCAUCUCUCCUCCUGUCGGUAAUCCAAGCCGUAUACGUCUACCUCGCGUCAUUUCAACCGGGGAAACUGCUCAGCCUUGGAGGAAACACUGGAAACCCAAUUUACGAUUUCUUCAUGGGACGCGAACUCAACCCAACUAUAGGAUCCCUGGAUCUCAAGUAUUUCAACGAGCUACGUCCCAGUAUGAUCCUGUGGGGAUUGGUCGAUAUCAGCAUGGUAUGCGAGCAGGCGGUUCGCCGCGGCGGCCUCAUCAAAGUCACCGACUCCAUGUGGCUAGUCCUCGCGUUCCACUUAUUCUACAUUGCCGAUUCCCUCUACAAUGAGACCGCCGUGUUCACGGUCAUGGAUAUCACGACCGAUGGCCUCGGCUUCAUGCUCGUAUUCGGGUGUCUCUGCUGGAUACCUUUUGUAUACUCCCUCCAAGCCCGAUACCUGGUAUUCCAACAGCUCGAAAUGGGUGCACUCAAUGUGGCGCUCGUGCUUCUCGUCAACGGGAUAGGAUAUUACAUAUUCCGGGCCGCGAAUGGCGAGAAGAACGACUUCCGGAACGGGAAGAAUCCUAAGAACCUCAAGUACAUGAAAACGGAGCGAGGGUCUAAGCUGCUCAUCACUGGCUGGUGGGGUCGUUCGAGGCAUCCGAACUAUCUUGGGGACGUGAUCAUGGCGCUGGCAUGGUCUCUCCCCACCGGCUUUAACACCCCAAUCACCUACUUCUACGUCAUAUAUUUCUCCAUCCUCCUUCUUCACCGCGAGCGCCGGGACAACGAACACUGUGCACAGAAGUACGGGAAGGAUUGGGAGCGGUAUACAAAGUUGGUGCCAUACCGCAUUGUGCCGUAUGUCUACUGA